AUGAUAUUUGAAAGCUACGGUGUUGGUAAGUACAGCGACUGUCACAUGGAAUCAACAUCUUAUCUCCUCAGAGCCAAUGCUUAUAGAGUUCCCCAUGAGAAGGAGCCAAAUCUUGGAAUUAUUCCUCAUACUGACACAAGUUUUGUGAGUGUUGUUAAGCAAGAUAGUGUUCAAGGGUUACAGGUUCAAUUAAAGGACGGUACAUGGAUUCCUGUUCAUUUGCCACAAUCUUCCUUUGCUGUCAUAGCAGGUGAUGCCAUGCUGGCAUGGAGCAAUGGCAGGGUACAUCCUUGUUUUCACAGAGUUAUAAUGAAAGAAAAAGCAAGAUUUUCUAUUGCACUGUUCUCCUUCCACAAAGGAGUUGUUCAAGUUCCAAAAGAGCUUGCUGAUGAUGACUACCCACUACGAUUUAAAUCUUUUGAUCAUUUUGGUUUAUUAAAUUUCCGUUUGAAGAAUCCAGCUCUAUCUUCUCAGGAAAGAGUCAAAGCCUAUUGCGGUAUAAAGGAUGCAUGGGAAAGUAUUAAUUCCUGUGUUGGCUCCCAGACUCAACCAAAUUAA